AUGUUGCACUCGCCUCGCAAGCGCCGGAAAGUCCACGCAACAAACGGGCAGCCUUUGUUGUUGCCACUUCCACCACCGUCCGCAAUAUGUAUCAGCACGAAACAUUUCCUCCGUGUGACGCCACUGCUUCCUCGUCCGGGGCCGCCGUCUGGGAGGCGAGAUGUCGGCAGCGCAUACCACUGGCUUAGAGACGUCGCUAAGCCGAACAAACCGGCCAGACCCGGUGUUGAGUACAGCUUUCCGCAGGUGGCCUACUGCUUCCAUGCGUAG